CUGACUUGCUGCCUUGCAUUCUGAAUUGCAGGCUGGGCUCUCAGGAGAUGGCUGUGAGCUGGGCUGUGUAAGAGAUCUGUGUGUGAGCAUCUGGCUGCUGCCACAUGAGAUACUUUCCUCCAGCACUAAGCUGAUUUACUUGUUUCAGGUCUGACCUCAUCCUCCUGUCAGUAUGGGAUCCCACCUACACAGUUAGCAGGAGCAGAGCCUAGGCAUCACAGACACACAGGAUGCAGGAACAGAGGGAGGACUGAAUCCAGAGUGGCUCCCCGAGAUACUGCUUCCAUCUGCCAGGGUGCAGGUGGCUCUUCCCUGCGAGAAGAUGUCAGUGUCUGGGAAGAAGGAGUUCGAUGUGAAGCAGAUCCUCCGGCUGCGCUGGAGGUGGUUCAGCCACCCCUCUCAGGGCUCUCCAGGAUCUGGGGGGUACCUACAGGAAGGAUAUGAGCACAGGGGCACUCCGGUUCACAAUAGGCUGAAGAGCCAUUCGCGGGACAGGAACGGGCUGAAGAAGACCAGUAGCCCCGUGCACAACAUACUGGCUCCGGUGCCUGGUCCCACUCCAGCCUACCAGCGCUCUGUCGGCUCCUGGCACCAGCAGAGCCUCAUCCAGCACCUGCAGGCGGGCGAGGAGGUCCCCAAAGCCAGCACAGAGGAGAAGCUGGGGAGGGAGGAGGACAGCCGGGCACCGGAGGCGCAGAUACCCCCCCAGGAGCACCCUGAGGCGGCCACUGACAGGCUUCCGGACACAAGUGCUUCUCCCUGUAGAAUGAACUCCGGCGGUUCUGAUGAGUAUUUCCAAAGUAUGAACCAUGCAGAACAAACCUUCCGCAAGAUGGAAAUCUACCUCCAGCAGAAACAGCUGUGCGACGUUCUGCUAAUCGCUGGGAACCACAAGAUACCGGCGCACAGGUUGGUUCUCAGCGCCGUUUCGGAUUACUUUGCUGCGAUGUUUACCAACGAUGUACGUGAAGCUAAAGAAGAGGAGAUAAAGAUGGAAGGCGUGGACCCCGAUGCACUUAAAGCUCUGGUACAUUAUGCUUACACAGGUAUUUUAGAGCUGAAGGAGGACACCAUAGAGAGCCUGCUGGCCGCCGCAUGUCUUCUCCAGCUCUCGCAGGUUAUAGAGGUUUGCUGCAAUUUUCUCAUGAAGCAGCUUCAUCCGUCCAACUGUUUAGGGAUCCGGUCAUUCGGGGACGCACAGGGAUGCCUGGAGCUCCUGCGGGUGGCCCACGGCUACACCAUGGAACAUUUUAUUGAAGUUAUCCGCAAUCAAGAAUUUCUUCUCCUGCCCGCAAAUGAAAUUGCAAAGCUGCUGUCUAGCGAUGACAUUAACGUCCCAGACGAAGAAACUAUUUUCCAGGCACUAAUGCAAUGGGUGAAGCAUGAUGUGCAAUCACGGCAGAGGGAUCUGGGGAUGCUUCUCUCUUACAUACGGCUACCUCUCCUCCCGCCGCAGUUACUUGCAGAUCUGGAAAAUAGUCCGAUGUUCGGCAACGACCUGGACUGUCAGAAGUUCCUGAUGGAGGCCAUGAAGUAUCAUCUGUUACCAGAGCGAAGGUCCAUGAUGCAGAGUCCAAGGACUAAACCCAGAAAAUCCACCGUCGGGGCUCUUUAUGCUGUGGGUGGAAUGGACUCUUCAAAAGGUGCUACGACUAUUGAGAAGUACGACCUGAGGACAAACAGCUGGAUACAGAUUGGCACUAUGAAUAGCCGACGGCUGCAGUUCGGAGUGGCGGUGAUCGAUAAUAAGCUGUAUGUGGUCGGGGGAAGAGAUGGGCUGAAAACCUCGAACACUGUGGAGUGUUUCAACCCGAUCACUAAAGUGUGGUCUGUGAUGCCCCCGAUGUCCACUCACAGACAUGGGCUGGGCGUGGCUGUACUGGAGGGGCCGAUGUACGCCGUGGGAGGCCACGAUGGGUGGAGCUACCUGGACACGGUGGAGCGCUGGGAUCCUCAGGCACGCCAGUGGAAUUACGUAGCCAGUAUGUCAACUCCCCGGAGCACUGUCGGAGUAGCAGCACUGAAUAACAAAUUAUACGCCGUAGGGGGGAGAGACGGCAGCUCUUGUUUAAAAUCCAUAGAAUGUUUUGAUCCGCACACGAACAAAUGGAGCAUUUGUGCCCCCAUGUCAAAACGGAGGGGAGGCGUGGGAGUCGCAACAUACAAUGGAUUCCUGUACGCCGUCGGGGGGCACGACGCACCGGCAUCAAACCAUUGUUCCAGGCUGUCAGACUGCGUGGAGAGGUAUGAUCCUAAAACCGAUAACUGGACGACAGUCGCCCCCCUGAGUAUCCCCCGUGAUGCAGUUGGAGUUUGCGCACUUGGAGACAGAUUGUACGCUGUGGGUGGAUACGACGGACAGACUUAUCUUAGCACUGUGGAGUCUUAUGACACACAAACCAAUGAGUGGACACAGGACAUCUCGCUGAAUAUUGGAAGAGCUGGAGCAUGUAUUGUUGUGAUAAAGUUGCCAUAGAAUGUUUUUGUUACCUUGAAAAAAACAGCUGAAAAUGGACAGAGACUAUUACGAAUACAAAUGUAUUGUCAUAUUAGUGGGACUAAACCCGAACUAUUGACAGCAUUGAAGAAUCUCUCCUGCUUCUCUUCACGGACUUCAGUCCCACCGCCACCGCGUGGUGGGGCCAUAUUGGCGAACUUUUCUGGAAAUGUGUGAAUUACUACAACUGCCAUUUUAUAUGGGGCAAACUCUGAGCGACACUGAAAAAUGCAUAAAAACUAAGAAACCAAGUGACAGUAGAUCACUACAUUUCACAUUUACAGAAUACCAAAAGUUUGUCUUUUAAAUAUAUUUUAUGUACCAUCUGAAAAGAUAUGCCUACAAUUGAAGGCAACUUAUAUUUUAAUAUAUCUCAUUAUGUAAAAUGUGAACUGGGGUGGGGGGGAUUUUUUAUUAAGAAAAGAAAGUAUAUAAAAAUACAGCAGGCAAUAGGAUUUGAAUGUCGAUAUUCUUCAUUCACUAUAAUGGCACUACUGAUUUUGUAGCACAAGAGGAAAAUGCUUUUUUUGUUUUCUGAUCUGGGGAAAAAUAAUGUGAUUUUGUUUUUAUAUAAUUUUUUUAUUAUUAUUAUUAUUAUUAUUAUUAUUAUGCUCCAGUAAAGUGUAUACUAUUAUAACAAUACAGAGCAACAAAAAACAGGAACAUUUUAAAUGAAAAUGUUUGCAUCAGCAAAAAUUUUAAAUUCAUAUAUCCCUUGUGUAUGUGCUUCAAAAUGGCCAGUGUUAAUUACUCUAAAGUCCAGAUAGAAAAAUAAUAUGGUGCUUGUAUGAACAGAAAGUGCCAAGAAAUAAAAAAAAAUACUUUUCAGCAGAUGCACCAUUUCACAAUUUACUGAAAAUAAAAAUACUAAAAAAUUUAAAAGAAAAAACAAACAAGAAAUUCCUUAAAAUAUAAUAUUGAUUCUGAUAGUUAAAUAUUAAUAACCUUUUUUAAAGAUUUUGCAGUGCAAUGUUACUAGUUAUUUCUAAAAUUCCAAUUUAACCAAAAUGUUAUCUAAUUAAUUGGUUUUGUAUUAUUUUUAAUUUUUUAUUUUAUUUCACCUGGUCAGUGCAAAUAGUGAAUGUCUUUUUACAACCAGUUAAUGUGAACAAUAUUCCUUUAAGUAUUGUGGCAUUUGUUUUAUGUCCCAUCCUUUUAUAACAAUAGUUAUAGGAUUUUCAUUUGCAAUAUGAAUUUACAGUCGUCAAAAAAAAAAAAAAAAUGAAGUUGCAUAAAAUAUAAAUAGAAGAUAUGUAUACAUCUUGCAUUCUACUGAGGGACAUAAUAAAACAAGGUAAGGCUUAAACCUUUUGUUGAAAAAAAAAUUGUGUUUUUCAACUUAUUAUUCAAACUUUAAAUAUAUUUAUUGAUCCAUUAAGACUCCCCUUUCCUUAUGUGAACAGACAUUAGGUGUUAACUUUGUGUUCCCAAAUUAGAUAUCUUUAUGGACAGAUCUAUAAUAUUAACCAAUAAAACAUGAUUACAGGUUGCCUACUGUAUAUUUUGCACAAUAUAUAUUCCAGCAAUUGAAGAAAAAAUUAUUUAAAAUGUAUCAACAAUAUCAUCAAUUUUUUUUUAAAUGUUUCAUUUUAAAAAAUAAAAUAAAAUCUGAAGAAGAAAAAAACUGCGAGACUGGGACAAAUUUCCACAUGUUGGAUUCACAUUUGCAGUAUUGGGACAAUAGUCCUAUUUCUAGAAAACAGGUUAAAAUAAACAUUUUGGGAGGUGAAAAGAUUUAUGAGAAAUUUGCUUCUCUCAACUCUUUAUUUGAAUAUUUUUGUUAAUUAAAAAUACAACUUUUUAGCAACACAGUAUGCCGAAUCAUUCACUGUAAUUUAACUUGACACAUUUUGUUAGCUUUGUUUGUUAUUCUCAAACCAAGCAACAAAAAAAUUAAAUUAAAUUAAAUUGUAAAAUCUGUUGUAUUUGCUCACAGAAUACACGCUGACACUUUAAAAAGCCCACAGGCAGUAUAUAACCAAAAUUAAAACCGCCCCACUAAAAACACCUAUACAAAUAUUAAAAAUGUAGGCAGCUAGUAUGUUAUAAUGUAAUACUGUGAUAUUCCAAUAACACUCAAUGUUUAUGAUUUUUAUGAUUUCAAUAUGCCAGACCAAGCUUGUCUUUUGUGUUUCAGUAUGUAUAGUAUACAAUACAUUGAUAUGUGAUAAUUUAUGACCUAAGUCUGACCAUGUCACGUUGAUGUACAUUGCCUCACUGCGUUUAAAUAUGUAUACUGUGAACCAUACAACAAUAUUACCAACGCAUGUUUACAUUCUACCAGCAAUUUGAACAUAUACUGUAGGUUAAAGCAAAAAUUCACAUUAAUAGUCAAUAAUAAUAAAAAAUCCACCUGUAACUGCAUGGAGUUUACAUAAAGAUGGAUUAUUACACAAUACUGUAUUUUAUAAAUGUACGUCUUCUAUUUUUCAUUGUCUACUGAGCGAUUUUAAACAACAGACCAGUUAUUUUGUCAAGAAUUACUGCACUGUUUGUAUAGACCUGGCCCACUCAUGUUUCCAUUCCUCCACAUAUCACUGACAUUCAGGCAUGGUUUUAAGAAAUAAAUUAAUUUUACGAAAUAAA